CAAUCAGACAUCAGUAAAGGCCGGCCCCGGCUGUGUAGGCGUGUCCUGCGCUGCCAAAUAAGUCCAGCCUGAAUUACUGCAACUUCUCCAACUUCAGGAAAAGUUGCGUAGUCCACGCAGUGCUUUUCAUAGCACUUCAGUCCUCUCACAUUAAAACCAUUCACUUCUACUUAUUCUACCAUACUUUGCUUUAUUAUGCAUAACAGUCAUGUUACCCAUCUGCUCCUCUGUCUUCUUUACAUCGGAUUGACUGCAGCCCAGUCUGAGCUGGACACAGAUGAAGUGGUUCCCAGGUUGGUCUCCGGACUGGAGGCGCAGCUGUCCCCCGAUCACACUGUGCUCACACUGCGGCGCCGCGGUCAGCGCUCCCUGGACGCCGCGGAUGGCGGACACUCUGACCCGGAUAACAUAAUUCUGUCACUGCCUGCUUUUGGAAGGAACCUGUACUUAAAUCUGACGCGGGACAGCUCAUUUCUUUCGGGGGAUUUUAUGGUGGAGGAGAGGCGCAAGGACCAGAGCGCAGCGAUGAGCCGGCUAUCCAUGAAGCAGCUCUGCUUUUACUCCGGCUUCAUCCUCAACCACACGGACUCUUUGGCAUCACUGAGCACCUGCGGCGGCCUGAGUGGGCUUGUCCUGAUCGGGGAGGACAGCAUGUUCAUCCAGCCACUGGUUGAAAACGAUCCAUCACAGUCAUUCUCUGGACUUAAACACCGGCUGCUGCGACACCGUCGCUCCGCCAAGAGCAGCUCUGACCAGUCCAACUACUGUGGGACUUUAAAAGGGAAGAAGAAGGAGAAGAGGUCAAAAGUGGGUGAGGAGAGUCAUCGGAAGAGGAGCGCCAUUCGCCUGCAUGAAGUAUACACUGUGGAGACAGUGGUGGUGGCAGAUUCUGACAUGGUGCAGUACCACGGUGCUGAGGCAGCCCAGAGGUUCCUGCUGACUGUCAUGAACAUGGUCUACAACAUGUUCCAUCACCAGAGUUUGGGAUUCAGGAUCAAUAUUCGUGUCACCAAGCUGGUGUUGCUUCACAGUCGCCCUGACAAGCUGAAGGUGGGCCAUCAUGGUGAAAGGUCUUUGGAGAGCUUCUGUCAUUGGCUGUAUCAAGAGUAUGGGGGGCCGCGGUACCUUGGCACCAACCACAUUCCUGGUGGAAGGGAUGACAUCCCACCAGUGGACACUGCUGUGCUGGUCACUAGGACAGAUUUCUGUGUUCAUAAAGACGAACCCUGUGAUACUGUGGGUAUCGCUUAUCUGGGUGGCGUCUGCAGUGCCAAGAGGAAGUGUGUGUUAGCAGAGGAUAAUGGACUCAAUUUGGCCUUCACCAUCGCUCACGAGCUAGGACACAACAUGGGAAUGAGCCAUGAUGAUGACCAUGCCACCUGCACUGGGCACUCCCACAUCAUGUCUGGUGAAUGGGUCAAAGGAAGAAACCCCAGCGACCUGUCCUGGUCUCCCUGCAGCCGCGAUGACCUGGGGAACUUCCUCAGGUCCAAAGCCAGUGCCUGUCUGCUGCAUACAGACCCCAGGAGACGGUACCAGGUCCGCCUGCCUCCCAAGCUGCCAGGCAUGCACUACAGUGUGGACGAACAGUGCCAGAUCCUGUUUGGAACAAAUGCCACUUUCUGCAAUGACAUGGAGCACCUGAUGUGUGCUGGCCUGUGGUGUUUAGUAGAGGGGGAUGCAGCCUGUAAAACCAAACUGGAUCCCCCUCUGGAUGGAACAGAGUGUGGAGCAGACAAGUGGUGCAGGGCAGGUGAGUGUGUCAGUAAGACUCCCAUCCCUCAGCAUGUGGACGGUGACUGGAGUCCAUGGAGCCAGUGGAGCAUGUGCAGCAGGACCUGCGGUACUGGAGUCCAGUUCAGACAGAGGAAAUGUGACAACCCUCCGCCUGGUCCUGGGGGGCGAACCUGUCAGAAGGCAAAUGUGGAACACAAGGCCUGUGAGGGACAUCCAUGUGCCAAGGGGGCGCCGAGCCUCAGAGACCUGCAGUGUCUGUCCUACAACCAACACGCCAGCAAGAGGAAGGGCAGCAUGCUAACCGCCAUUAUUAAUGAUGAGAGGCCGUGUGUGUUGUUCUGUAGCCUGGUUGGUCGAGAUGUCCCAGUCCUAAUGGCUGACAGAGUGAUGGAUGGGACACCCUGUGGACCGUACGAGGCCGACCUGUGUGUUAACGGGAAGUGUCAGAAAAUUGGCUGUGACAGCAUCAUUGGCUCUUCAGCCAAAGAGGACCGCUGUGGUGUGUGUAAUGGAGACGGCCGCUCCUGCAAGAUAGUGAGGGGAGACUUCAACCACACCAAUGGAAUGGGCUACAUCGAGGCUGUGGUUAUCCCUGCAGGAGCCAGGAGGAUCAAAAUUGUGGAGGACAAACCUUCACAUAGCUUUCUGGCCCUAAAAGAUUCCUGUAAGAAGUCCAUCAACAGUGACUGGAAAAUUGAGCUUCCAGGAGAAUUUGAGCUAGCCGGGACCACGGUGCACUAUGUGAGAAGAGGACUGUGGGAGAAGAUGUCUGCCAAGGGACCCACUAAGACCCCUUUACACCUGAUGGUGCUGUUCUUUCAUGACCAGAGCUAUGGGAUCCACUAUGAGUACACAGUGUCUCUGAACACAACUCAGGACAUGAGCAAUGAGGAGCAGGGGGAACCAGAGCAUCUCUACAUCUGGACACACAGCAGCUGGCAGGACUGCACUGUCCAGUGUGGAGGAGGUGAGAGGAAGACAGUGGUUUCCUGUAUGAGGAUAGCCAAUAAAACCAUGGAGGUGGUCAACAAUAGUUACUGUCAACCCGAGAACCGGCCACAGCCCCAAGUACGACCCUGCAACUCUCACCCCUGCCAAUACCGGUGGGUGACAAGUGAGUGGGGAUCCUGCUCAGUCACAUGUGGUAAAGGUCUACAGCAGAGGGACGUGGUUUGUGUUUAUCAACUACGGAACGGCUCAGUCAUCCACACAAGAGACCUGUACUGCCAAGGAGGGAAACCUCCUGUCCUGCAAGUCUGCGAGGGUCACCUCUGCCUCACUGUGUGGGAGGCUUCAGAGUGGUCCAAGUGCUCAUCAGACUGUGGUCAAGGUUUUCGCAGACGGACAGUGUUAUGUACAAACCCGCAGGGUUUAUGUGAUCCCCUGUCCCAGCCCACUCAGGAGGAGCCCUGUGAGGACCACUCCAAAUGUUACGAAUGGAAGACUGGAGACUGGUCCAAGUGCUCAGCAUCUUGUGGAAAGGGCCUGCAUUCCCGAGUGGUCCAGUGUAUGCACAAAGUAACUGGUCGUCAUGGUAACAACUGCCCAGUGAUGCUGAGACCGCCAACCUACCGACCCUGUCACCAUGGUACCUGUGAUGAGAAAAUCAAUGUGAACACCAUCACUUCCCCCAGGCUAACUGCUCUGACCUACAAAUGCAUGGGGGACCAGUGGAUAGUGUACUGCCAUGUGAUCAGAGAGAAGAACCUCUGUCAGGACAUGAGGUGGUACCAGCGCUGCUGUGAAACCUGUAAGGACUUUUAUGCUAAGAAGAUACUGCACAAGAGCUAAUGACCAAAUGCACCUACCAUACUCCAACUAGUGCUUUUUAUGUUAUUUUUUUUAAUGUUGUUAAAUGUUAUAAGAAAACAAUAUCUAUUAUUGAUGGAACUCUUUAUAUUUACAAAAGAAAAUGAGAAGUGAACACAGAAGUGCACAUUUGAAAUCGGCUUGUAAGCUUCUAAGUUUUGAUGAAGACUUGAAAAGUCGUCUGUACACCAAAAAACUAAACAAAACAACAACAAAAAAUGGGGUAGCCUUUAGAACGUCAGUCCAUUGCAUAGAAUGAUUUAAAAUAAGUGCUUGAUUUUUUCUGCCAGGUGUAGCAGAUAUCAUCAGAAAAUGAGUUAGCAAGAGCUCUCUCCUCCCAUAUCUUCCUUAAUGCUCUGCUGUUAAUAUUUUACUCUGUUUUGCUGUAUUAUGGCUAAUUGUAUCAAUUUCCAAUAACUGUUAUAGGUUUAUAUAAGUAAAAUGAUGAUACUUAGUAAUAAUUAAGUAUAAUGUAAUAAUGCGUAAUUGCUGAUCAGGAGCAAUGCUAAAAUACUGUAGGAUUACAGUGAAUCACCCCAGCUAACGAGAGGAGACCCACUGAUCCACAGGUCUGUUGGAGGGCCAUCAGUAGCUCAUGUAGCAGAACAUGGUCGGAGCAUAAAGAUACACUCUAUAGGUACAUGGUUGUGUGUUUCUUUUCAGAGGCAAUCUUCUCGGGUAAGUGGGCCAUCAGGUGAGACAUAUAAAAAAAAAAAACAGAUACAGUUUUUCUACAGAAAAUGCAAAGACAUCAGUAUGCUUCAACUGAUGUGCUUGUUGGAUAGUGGAACAGCACCUGAAAUGCCCUCCCCACACACCUUUCUGAUGGUGGACUCUGGGUGGAUGCCUGUGACCGACAACUUUCCAACUUUCCAAACUAACAAUCUGAAAAUCAGGCCCUCUUUAUGUUCAGAUGUGUCACCAUAAAGAUGAUAGCAGGAUUUAAACUACUCUCUCUUUUUUGAUUCUUCACACAACUACUUCAGUCGCUUUCAUUAGUACAACUGAGUGUAGUACCUUCUAUGAGAGACUAUUCCAAAGUGUGCACCCUUAUCCCAAAUUAUCAUAUCUCCCCCCUCUCUAUGAUGACAGACUUUUACCCUGCAUUUGAUUGUGGCUGUUCAGAACAACUAUAAAUACUGUGGCCUUCAGGCAUGGUCAGAUGACAUGUUGUAUGUGCUACUUCAUUUUAACUAUACAUUGCCUUUUUAAGCUCACUUUAUUCACUCCGUGCUGCUCCAAGCCAUGAUCAUACUGUGUGUCAGGGGUCAGCAAUUAGUUUCAACCAUGGUCCAGUUUUUUCAGGAUUUUUCAUUGGGGCUGUUAACUAGUGCAGUGUAAACGCAGGGCUAUAUGUUUUGUUUAUUUCUUUUAAUUGAUUUAAGAUCUAAUCUUGGAGCGAAAAAACUGUAUCAACACACUGUUUUUGUCCAACCAUUUAUGUUCAUGAAGAACAAAUCUGUUAGGGUCACAUAGUUGUGGAAAUCAAACAGUGUUAGAAUUCACGCAUUAAAUUUUAAUUUGUGGUAGGUUUAUUAGACUUCAUUUCAGCAACAUGUACUGUUCAAAUAGUAUGGUGCAACUAUAGUUUUAAUGCCUCUCCUUGUGUGGGGACAGUAUUAGAUGUAACAAGGUUAUAUUGCAAUAAUUGGGGUUUACAGAAGCCUUGGUAUUUGUUUUGUUAUCUACAGUAGAUUUAUAAACAAAAUUUUUAAAAGUUUUGUUGUAAAUUAUAAAAGUCAAAAAUUUCUUCAGGGGUCUGAAUAUCUUUUCUGCCGGGCCAAAUUUAGCCCACAGGCCACUAUUUGCCUACCACUGCUAUAUGUGUUUCCAGUGCAGCCUUUCAACAGGGGACAGAUGCUGCCGCAGCCAACCUGACAUUGUCUUUUCUCAAACCAAAAGCCCUGUCUGUGCUGGUGACUUGAGUGAAAGAUCCGUUCUUAAAAGUCUCUUUGUUCAACUCUUAAUUGUUUUUUAGUUUCCAACAGAAUCUGUGAGGUUUAGAUUUAAGUGUCACACUUACAUUCCUAUUCCUACUCUACAUAUAAGCUUUAUUUCAUUGUUUGCUGGUUGCUUUCUGCUGUAUCUGAGCUGUAUUUUCUGUUCAAAGUGAAUGAAAACUAAACAUUUCCAGCUGCUGCUUUACACUAAACCAGCAGCAUCAGUUACAUACCAUCUCCUUUAACCAUUCAUGAUGUUGCACUUUGUUAACACAAAAAAUGACAGAAGUAGUUGUUUGAAGAAUGACAAGAAAUUCAGAGAAAGGUUCAAAUCCUGCCUACUUUCACUCCUUCACAGGCCUGGCCAAUCACUGUAUGAAGGUGGGAUUGGCUGCUUCAGAAAGUUGCAAAAAUUGUCAGAUGCAGCCCUCCCCUGAUUCUGCCAUGGGAAAGAGGGUUUUAGAUGCUAGUAGAUAAUCUGACUGUUUGAAGCAUACUGAGGUCUUUAGACAAUGCAAAUUAAGAAUUAAGUUGAUGACAAAAUAUAAACCUUUUCAGUGUUGGCUUUUCACACAAAGAAAUUAGUUCAUAUUACAUUUUACCAUCAUAUAUGAGAAAGAUAAUGCUUGUAAUUGAUGGGUUUUAUACAUCACCUGCGCUAUAGCAGUUAAAAGUUUUGGCACAUAUAACGAGAUAUAGACAGCCACAUUAACUUGAAAGACAAUGGGAUUAUGAUUAAAACAUAUUGAUUAUUAUUGAAUUUAAGCUGAAAUUCUGCCUUUGAGCCGCUCAAUGCAACCAGCACAGUGAUCUAAAUAAUAAAUCUUUUCACAUCUGACCAGUGUGACCUAAAGACCAACUUAACGGUAGCUCUAAGUCUUGUUUUUGUUGACCUCCAGUGUUUUAACUUUUCCCAGCUUGCAAAUAUGCACCACAUCAGCAUUGUUCUCGUACUGUACUUUUCUAGUUGCACACACACUAUAUUUGAUACAUAAACUGCCACUACAUGUGUUUUAUGGUGCUGAUUUGGAACACAGUAAAUAAUCUGUUUAUAUAGGGACUUAACCAUUUGUUUGUUGUUCUGUGUAUUAGUCACUCUAUACUUGUACUGUCAUCCAGUUUGUGUCCAGUAUUCUAUUCUGAUCAAGAACCUGAAUGAUUAGAUCAAAUUCUAUAUUUCAAGUCUACUGUCUACUCUUUUAUUUGGUUACAUAAUAAAUAAUGUGAUUUUACAUCAAACAAGAAACCUGUAUGACCCACUAGAGUAUUAAGCUAUAUGCAUUUGUUAUUAAACCAGAAUUCAGACUGUU